CGCAGCCGCAGAAAGAGCCGGCCACCGGGGGCUAGCUAGGUUCGGUGCUGUUUUGCGCCGGCCUGUGGCCGCCAAGGCCACACGAAUUUGGUACCCGCGCUCCUCAGCGGAGUCGGUGGGGCCUGCCUCUCUGAGUCGGUCUCGGGCCGUAGCCCUCCACCCUUGAGGCGCCGCCAUCAUGCUGCUGCCCGUGUUCACCCUGAAACUGCGCCACAAAAUCAGCCCCCGCAUGGUGGCUAUAGGGCGCUACGACGGGACUCACCCGUGCCUGGCGGCCGCCACCCAAGCGGGCAAGGUGUUUAUUCACAAUCCUCAUACACGGAGCCAGCAUUUCAGUGCAUCCAGGGUCUCCCAGAGCCCCCUGGAGUCUGACGUUUCUCUUCUCAACAUUAACCAGGCGGUCAGCUGCCUGACUGCAGGAGUACUGAACCCUGAGCUUGGCUAUGAUGCUCUGUUAGUGGGCACACAGACUAAUCUUUUGGCUUACGAUGUCUACAAUAAUUCAGAUUUGUUCUACAGAGAGGUAGCUGAUGGGGCAAAUGCAAUUGUGCUGGGGACGCUAGGAGACAUUCCUUCUCCUCUCGCAAUUAUUGGAGGAAAUUGUGCUCUACAGGGUUUUGAUCAUGAAGGAGAUGAUCUCUUUUGGACGGUUACUGGAGACAAUGUUCAUUCUUUGGCCUUGUGUGACUUUGACAGUGAUGGGAAGAAAGAGCUUCUUGUUGGAUCUGAGGAUUUUGACAUCCGAGUUUUUAAAGAAGAUGAGAUUGUAGCAGAAAUGACAGAAACAGAGAUAGUCACUUCUCUUUGCCCCAUGUAUGGCAGUCGAUUUGGUUAUGCCCUUUCCAAUGGCACAGUUGGAGUUUAUGACAAAAUUGCCCGAUACUGGAGAAUUAAGUCCAAAAAUCAUGCCAUGAGCAUUCAUGCUUAUGAUCUUAAUUCUGAUGGAGUGCAUGAACUGAUAACUGGUUGGUCCAAUGGAAAGGUUGAUGCGCGAAGUGACCGAACUGGGGAGGUCAUCUUUAAAGACAACUUUUCUUCUGCAGUUGCUGGUGUGGUGGAGGGAGAUUACCGGAUGGAUGGCCACAUACAGUUAAUCUGCUGCUCAGUGGAUGGAGAAAUCCGGGGCUACCUGCCAGGCACUGCAGAGAUGAAGGGGAACCUCAUGGACACCAGCAUAGAACAAGACCUGAUCCGAGAGCUGAGUCAGAAAAAGCAGACUCUGUUGCUGGAACUUCGUAACUAUGAGGAAAACACCAAGGCCGAAUUGAGUAGUCCAUUGAAUGAGACCGAUGGGCAGCGGGGAGUAAUCCCAGCCAACACCAAGCUCCACACCGCCCUCUCGGUCAGUCUGGGGAACGAGACUCAAGCUGCUCAUGCGGAAUUGUGCAUUUCCACUUCGAAUGAUACUAUCAUCCGAGCAGUACUGAUUUUUGCAGAGGGAAUCUUUGUAGGUGAAAGCCAUGUGGUACACCCCAGCAUGCACAACCUCUCCAACUCCAUCCGUAUCCCGAUUACACCUCCCAAAGACGUCCCUGUGGAUCUGCACUUAAAAGCCUUUGUGGGCUACAGAAGCAGCACCCAGUUUCACGUAUUUGAGCUGACAAGACAGCUUCCCCGAUUCUCCAUGUAUGCACUGACCAGCCCAGACUCCGCCAGUGAGCCACUCAGUUAUGUCAACUUCGUCAUUGCUGAACGGGCACAGAGGGUUGUUAUAUGGCUCAACCAGAACUUUCUGUUACCAGAAGACACUAACAUUCAGAAUGCUCCAUUUCAAGUGUGUUUCACAUCCUUACGGAAUGGGGGCCGGCUGUAUAUAAAAAUCAGAUCCAGUGGAGAGAUCACUGUAAAUACUGAUGAUAUCGACUUGGCUGGGGAUAUCAUCCAGUCGAUGGCGUCAUUUUUUUCUAUUGAAGACCUUCAAGUAGAAGCGGAUUUUCCUGUCUACUUUGAGGAAUUACGAAAGGUGUUGGUUAAGGUGGAUGAAUACCAUUCAGUGCAUCAGAAGCUCAGUGCCGACAUGGCUGAUAAUUCUAAUGUGAUCCGCAGUUUGCUGGUCCGGGCCGAGGAUGCUCGCCUGAUGAGGGACAUGAAAACAAUGAAGAAUCGCUACAUGGAACUAUAUGACCUUAAUAAAGACCUGCUAAAUGAAUAUAAAAUUCGCUGUAAUAAUCACACAGAGCUACUGGGAAAUCUCAAAGCGGUAAAUCAAGCCAUUCAAAGAGCAGGUCGUCUGCGUGUUGGAAAACCAAAGAACCAGGUGAUCAGUGCUUGUCGAGAUGCAAUUCGAAGCAACAACAUCAACACGCUGUUCAGAAUCAUGAGGGUGGGGACUGCUUCUUCAUAGAUGAGGAAAGUAGGUAGCGAAAUUCUUAGCUGGGGCUUCCUUAAAUAUCUAGCCAAGUUUGCUUUGGAUAUGUCCCUGGUAGACCCAGGAUACUAAGAAUGAAACCAACCUCAGUGAGUUGUACAGGCGAAAGGCAAAUCAUUACAGUUGAAAAAUAUGCUCACUUUCCACUUGUAAAUCAGUAGUAAUGUUGCUGAAUAAUAUGAAGUUUGUGUGGAAGUAGGUGAAUGCUUUUGAGAUACUAGGGCUUCAGAGUUGAAUUUUUGUUUAUGUAUAAAUACAUAUUUUUCCCCUUCAAAUUGUAAUGGAAUUUGUAAUUUUCAAAUAGAUUAUUUACUUUCUCAUUAAAAUGUAAAAGUGUUGAA